GGACGUCCACGCGAGCGACGACGGCUGGGUCCCCGUCUACCUCGACGCUCGCUCGGCUCUCGACAGGGCCGCUCAACGAGGGCUCACGGGCGCGCAGGUGGGCGGCGACGGCGCUGAGGGUGCGGCGGCAAACGACGGGCGGGCGGCGGGCGACGGCGCGGCGACGCCAUCUUCCUCGCGAGCAGAUGAGCCCUCUUCCGGCACCGCACCACCCUCGACCUCGACCUCGUCCUCUGCACCGCCCCCACCCGCACCCUCGUCCUCUCGCGACACGCGCACGGGCGGCCUCCUCGCGUGCAUGUCGAUCGGCUUCCUCCUGUCGUCGUCGCGCGAGUCGGUCGUGUGGCGCGGGCCCAAGAAGAACGCCAUGAUCAAGCAGUUCCUCGCAGAGGUGCGCUGGGGCGACCUCGACUACCUCAUCGUCGACACGCCGCCAGGCACGUCGGACGAGCACAUCUCGCUCCUCGAGUCGCUGCGCCCGAUCCUCGCCCCUCCCUCGCCCUCUCCCGCCCUCCCGACCCUGUCGGCCCUCCUCGUCUCGACCCCACAAGCCCUCGCCCUCCUCGACGUCUCGAAAGAGCUGUCGUUCGUGCGCCGCACCCAGCUCCCCUUGCUCGGCCUCGUCGAAAACAUGAGCGGCUACGUGUGCCCGCACUGCGGCGACGUCGUCGGCGUCUUUGGCCAAGGCGGUGCCGAGGACUUUUGUCGCCGCGAGGAGGAGCGCAAGGCGAGCACGGUCGAGGGCGAGGGCGGCGGGUGCGCCUUCUUGGGCCGCAUCCCGAUCGACCGCGAGUUGGUCGCGCUCCUCGACGAC